AUGGACCUCUUUUUAUAUUUCAUAGUCGAUAAUUAGUAGUGAAUUUUACUCCAUCCAUCCAACAUCUUCCUUUCUCUCUCUCUCUACAAUAUGAUACUACUUUGAUCAGUUAAAGAAAUAACAAUAAUAUACUACUACCAAAAAAAAAAAAAAAGUGGUCUUAAUUUCCGAUCGAUCUUUCAAUUUCAGUUCCAAAAGAGACAGAGGGUGAUCAAUAGAUGGCGCCAGCACACAAUGAGGAAAAGGUUACUGUGAUGAUCUUGGAAGUUGAUCUGAAAUGUCAUUGCUGUUACAAGAAGGUCAAAAAACUCCUCUGCAAAUUCCCCCAAAUAAGAGAUCAAAUGUUUGAUGUGGAUAAAAACAAGGUAAUGAUCACGGUCGUAUGCUGCGAUCCGGAACGGAUUAGAGACAAGCUAUGUUGUAAGGGUGGCAAGGCCAUUCAGUCCAUUGAGAUUGUUGAAAAUAACAAACCUAAACCGCAACCACCGCCUCCUUCUAAGCCGCCGCCUCCUAAACCACAACCCCCAGUUGAACCGCCGCCUAAAAACCACCCCCCGCCGCCUGCGCCUGAGAAACCCAAACCUUCUCCUCCAGCUGUUGUUGUUCCUCCUCCUGGACCCAAACCUGCACCUCCUAAACCUGAUCCUCCUCCGCCCAAACCCGAUCCUCCACCGAAACCCAACCCAAUGCCACCUCCCGUUGACCCAAAACCUAACCCACCCCCACCCCAACCCCAACCCGAGCCUAUGCCUAUGCCGUAUCCAACGGAUUGUGGGUACCCACAGCCUUUCUGCCCUCCUCCUGUCUCAGUAUGUUGCCAGGAGUGCUAUGAAGGUCGUGGUGGAGGCCCGUGUCACUAUGGGUACGGUAGACCCGUACCACCCCCACCGGGCGCAUGCUAUGACGGCUCCUACGGAUACCCAAACCCUUGGAACAGGCCCUAUUGUGUCAGCAGAUGUGGUGAAUGUUUUAGUGAAGAAAAUCCACAUGGCUGCUCAAUCAUGUAAUCCGGCGCCGCCUAUCUUUUUAGUUUUGAUGAUCAACAUCUGGGAAAGAUGAAAAUUUCUCCUUUUUAUGCAUUUGUACGUGGCUGAAAGAUGAGAAAAAGAGAGAGAUACAUAGCACCAACUUUUUAUUCUUUCAUACAUAGUAAUACAAUUAUAAUAAGGUGCAUAUAUAUACUGAUAUAUACAUAGCAGUUGUAAAUUUUAUACAAUAUAUUUAGGGGAUCAAGAUGAUCUCCGAAUUGAAUAAAGAUUAUAUACAAUUUUUCUUUGCUUCUUAAA